GCCACAUUGCUGUUGAAACAGGAUUACCCGCACACAGCCAGCAAUGAGCCACCAAACAACCUGUAAACAUCAUUCAAACUGCUGGCAGAUAGCUCGGAAACAUCCAGAAUACAACCAGCAAACAGCCAGGAAACAGCAAAGAAACUUCCAGCAUAAUUCCAGCAAACAGUCAUCAACCAACACGCAAACGCCUUCAAGCGGUCUUUAAACAUCCAGCACACAGCCUUCAAACGUCCAGCUAAUGGCCAGGAGUGACCUGAUUGCCUCCACACUCCCCCCCUACGCCAACCUGUGGACCCCUGUGGACAGUCCUCUGUGUGUGUGUGGCCGCUAAUCGGCGUGUGCGUGUAUGAGAUUAGAGAGAGUGUUUGGCGACCGGGAGGGAUCCGUACUCUUAUGGAUAAUCUGGACGGGGGCUUUGGAAGGUUCAAGAGCUUGAGGAAAGAUGCCUUUGAAGCUGACUGGAUCAAAGUGUCGGAGAGCAGGCUGGGAGCGGUGUACAGAGUCAAGCUGAAGGUGCUGCGAGAGACCUGUGCCCUGAAGUGCUUUGACACCACUCUCUCUGGCAACAGCGUAUACAGACGGAUGACAGACGAGGCAUCCAAGUUGGCAAAAGUGAAGUUCAGGUUUGUCGUGUCCAUCUACGGGGUUUGCAGCGACCCCGUCGGCGUGGUGAUGGAGUUCAUGUCUGGCGGCUCGCUGGACUCGCUCCUGGCCAGCCAUACCCUCACAUGGCCCAAGAAGUUCCAGAUGAUCCACGAGGCAACCAUGGGCAUGAACUACCUCCACAGCCUCAACCCCCCUCUGCUCCACCUCAAUCUGAAGCCAACCAACAUCCUGCUGGACGACCACCUCCACGUCAAGAUAGCAGAUUUUGGCUUGAUUAAGUGGGAGGAAGCUGCAAACCAGAAGGAGCUGGUCGAGCAAUUAACGGAGCGAGGGAACGUCAGUUACAUUCCGCCAGAGGCCUACAGCCCCACCCCUUCUCCCCCAGGAACCACCUUUGAUGUUUACAGCUUCUCCAUCGUCAUGUGGGAGAUUCUGACCCAGUCGAAGCCUUAUCCAGGAAGCAGUAUAACCACGGUGCUGAUGAAGGUGUCGUCAGGGCGACGGCCCAGCCUGGAGAUGAUUCCAGACAACAAGCCUCCUGAGAGUGACCUGCUGAUCAGCAUCAUACAGCAGUGCUGGGACCAGGAACAGUGGAACAGGCCGGAGUUCUCAGACACGGUCAGAAAGACGGAGCUGCUCAGCGAGGUGUUGAGGUUACCAGGGACCACGGUGGGGGGUAGCCAUGGGGACCAGCCUCACACUCCUGACUACUCCCUGCUGUGUACCUCACAGAGAAAAUCCACCCAUGAUGCAUCUGACUCUGCCUCAGGUGAGGACCAGGACAGUGAUGGCGUCCUGUUCUUCCUUUCCCAGAGAGACUUCCAGAGCUUCCGGCGCUCCCUGAAGAAAGAACACUUGUCUCUGCGUUACUCUGACAACAACAGCCUCCUCCACUAUGCCGUUGCCAGCGGCGAUAUCGAGAGUGUCCGACUGGUGCUUGCCCACGGUGCUCAGACCAACUGCCCGAGUAAGCGGGGCUACACGCCCCUCAUUGUCUCCAUCCUGCACCGUCUCCAUGACAUCAGCACCCUAUUGGUCGAGAGCAAAGCAGACGUUAAUUUGGGGGACAGCGAAGAUUGGACGCCGCUCCACUUUGCCGCUCAGAACGGUGACGACCGGGAUGUCCGUCUCCUAUUGGACAAGGGGGCGCGGCCGGGCGCCAAGGAGCAGACGGGCUGGACGCCGCUCCACCUGGCCAUUCAGAAUGGCCACGAGAGCGUGGUCAGGCUGCUGCUGUCCCGAUUGGACAGCGCCUUCCAGGGGGAGGGACCUCAGGGCAGGACUCCUCUCCACCUGGCUUCGGCCUACGGACACCUCAGCAUCGCCAAGCUUCUUCUCUCGCAAGGGGCGGACCCAAACGCUGUGGACCAAUCGCAGUCCACCUCGCUCCACCUGGCCGCAGAGGCAGGGCACUUCCGGGUGGCAAGGCUCCUCGUCAAGGAGGGGUCAGAGGUCAACCUUAAGGACAGGAGGCACUACACCCCGCUCCAUGUCUCUGCCCUGAAGGGCCACGCUGGGAUCUGCAGGCAGCUGCUUUCCCAGGGAGCCAUGCCGGACGCCUGCACCCUCCAGGGCUGGACCCCCAUGCACCUGGCGGCCCUCAAGGGCCACGGCGCCUGCCUGCUGCUGCUGGAAAGCCACCAGGCCAGCGUGGACGUUCGUGGUGAGGGCGGCUGGACGCCGCUGCUCCUGGCCUGCCACCACACCCAAGAGGACGCCACAUCCAAGCUGCUGGCAGCCCACGCCAGCCCCCACUUGGCGGACGACCGCGGCUGGACGCCGCUCCAUCUGUCCUGCCACAGCGGCAGCUUCCCCAGCGUCCUCCAGCUCAUCUCCCACGGCGCCCUGGUCAAUGCCAGGAACGGGGGCCAGGCCACGCCUCUGCACCUGGCGGCUCAGCGAGGGUAUGGAGCCGUGGUCCGGGCGCUGCUCCUGAAUGGGGCGGACAGGAGGCUGGGGGACGCCUCGGGGUGCACCGCUCUGGAGCUGGCACGCAGGAGCGGGAGAGAGGAGGUGAUCCAGAUACUGGAGGAAGAGGAGUAGAGCGAGGAGGUGAUCCAGAUACUGGAGGAAGAGGAGUAGAGAGAGGAGAAAAUAUUUGGGGCUCAAGUCCCAGAAGCCACCUCCCUGCUCUGCACCUGGCUCAGCUCAGCCCUGAACCUGGUUCUCACCAAGAACCAGGGUGAUCUGUGAACUCCUGCUGCAGCAAAACGUACUGUGUUACAUAUCCACCAAUACAUGCCAUUACAGGAAAAAAAACCCAUGCAUUGAUUUAUAACCAAGUGGAUAUAAUAGUCCUUAUAUACCUUAUAUAGACAUUAACACUGACUCUCUGUACAAAUGUAAGCUGUCAGAUUUUCUAUGUACUGAAGGUACAUUUUGUUUGACUGCAUGUCCCUGCCAUAAAGUGUGUUAUCAUAACGA